AUUUUAAUAGUGAUGUUUGAGUCGUUUUGGAUUGUAAAUGAAUGCUUAAUGAACGUUUAUCACUUGGUAUUGUUUAAAUUCAAAGCUACAGUCUGAAAUGGCAUCCAAUUGACGCGUCUGUUAUUGUAAUGGUCGACUAUUAACGACACACUAUCAUGAAACUUUUAAUAAUAUGUGAGUGUUAUUACCAAAGAUUUGUCUAGUUCUGGUCGAGCUAGCAUUCACUAUUGCAGUCGGAGCAAUUCAUAAUACCUCUUCGGACAAGAAAGGACAACGUAUGAACGAGCAUUGUUUACACAACAAGUUUACACAUUGUUUACAAGUAUUAAAUUAUAUUUCUGACAAGUUUGCUUUGAAGUAACAAUGGCUUUGCAAUUGUGGUAAACACUGCGAAAAUACACCAAAUACUACAAUUUCAAGAGAGAAUAUCAUGGCGAGUACUAAUAGGAAUGCUGGAAGGCAAGUGAUUGCCAAACAUAUCGUCAAUACAAGCAAUACCCCAGUGGUGUCAAGUGUAAGAUGUGUGAGAAUUUAUAGAAGAAAAUAUGGUUUUGGGUUAAAUUUCAAAUAUUUGUACCGAACUAACACAAUUAUGGAGAAGCGAGAAAACAGAGGAUGUGAAAAUUUGGGUGAUGAAUGUGAUGUAAGUGGAAGCGAUGCUGAUAUCAGUGGUGAAAGUAGCGAUACUUCAAGUAAUAAAGAUGAAGAUGAUAAAGUGGAUAAAGUAUUCGUAAAAUGGGUGGCUCCUGGUGGACCUGCAAGUCAAGCUGGUUUAAUGAAGGGUGACGAGGUGAUCAAUAUAAACAAUUCAGCUGUUUACGGAAAACACGCUUCAGAUAUUGACAAUCUUCUGCAACACAGUAACGCAGUUGAUGUUGAUGUUGUUGAGGACCAAACCAAACGAAGGGGUAAACAUUUUCAAAGAUACCGGGAAAAUGGUUAUGAAGUACGUGUUGUUCAUCGCGGUAGUCAAGAUGAUCUUACUGAUCAUGAAUCAUCAGAUAAUGACAAUCAUUCAACAGGCACAGGAAAUCAGUAUUUUGUUGUCACAUAUGGUAAAACGUCUGAAACUAAGGGUAGCAAAUCAAAGCUACAUCCAUUUUUACGGCCAACUUCGUAUUCCGACGAUGAACCACUAAUGGAAAAUAAGUCCGUGAGUAUUUCUGGGACGAAAUCGGAAAAUUCGACGGGAAGAAUAAGUCGUUAUAACCAAGAAAGCGCGUCCGUUAGAGGAAGUAAAGUUCCUGGUAAAACGUCUUCUCUUACCAACUCCAUUUCCAGUUCUGUAUUAGUUGAAAGUCAGGAUCCGAAACCUGAUGUGCCUGUUACUGUGACUACUGCUACGUACAGUACGUUAGCUGAGCCGCAAUCCACACGAAGUGAUAUCAGCAUUCAGAUUACAGACAGCAAUUCAUGUAAUAAUGCAUUAUUGGUAUCUCAAGAGAAUGGUAACGUAUGGGAACUGAGGGUGCCUCAGGCUACUCAUAUACGCCCCCGAUCACCAAGUCCAGCUGCAAGAAGGGUCUCAUACUUAAUGGCAACUGAAGGUAAUGGAUCAGGAAAUUUGGAAUUCAGGUCUAUCUCUAACGGAGAAACAAGUGACGAUGGUUUAUCGCCUUUCGAAGAUGAAAAUAACGGCCAACAGGCAGGCAAUGAACAACACAGAACAACACUUCACAUUCCUAGAAAAACGAGUUUACAGGAGGACGAUAAUAAUGCACAACCCAACGAGGACACAGAGGAUUUAAAUGAGGAGAAGCGACAUAGUUUGAAAAGAAAAUGUUCAGCUGAUUAUGUCGAGGUGGAUAAAGAAGGUUAUCUUAAACGAAAAUAUGGAGCGACUCAUGGACGACGAUCUUGGAAGCAGGUCUACGUUGUCCUCAAAGCUCAUAUCAUGUAUAUCUAUAAAGAGAAACGAGAUCUGAUGAUCUCAAGUGGACAGGAUGAGAAACCUAUCAGCAUAAAAUCCUGUAUUGUUGAUAUUGCGUACGACUAUCGCAAGAGGGAAAAUGUCUUCAAAUUUACGACCUACAAUGGAUCACAAUACUUAUUUCAGGCGAAAGACAAGGAUGAUAUGAUGUCAUGGAUUGAGGUUAUUCAGAAGAACAACAAUCCGGAUGAAGAUACAUUCGGACGUACUAGCGAAGACCUUAUAGUCAGACGGAAGAAGAAUAUGGAUAUUGAAAUAUCAAGUCAAACAAACAAUAAAGCCAUUCCUCCAACAUCGUUAAAAAUUGGUGGCUUAAAAAAAAGCUUGUCGUUUAAAAGUAACUCAGGAAGUCAAUCUUCGUUUAAAUUCAAGAAAGCGAUCGACAGCGAUGGCGGCAAAGCAACUUGGCAUAGUAAAGUCGUGAACAAAGUGAGAAGAAUUGGAAAUACUACAAGCAAUCCUAUUCCUCAAUACCAAUCACAAGCAUUUUCAGCUGUAACUUCAUUAGAGCGAUGCCCCAAGUCUAAAACGAACUCGUCUCUACCACUUCUUGUUGAACAUUGCUGUAAUGUCGUGGAGAAUAAGGCCUUGGAGUCUAUCGGUAUUUACAGGGUACCAGGCAAUAGUGCUAUGGUAACAGCUUUAGAAGAAGAAUUAAAUAUUAAAACACCAGAAGAUGUCAAUUUUGAUGAACCGAAAUGGAAUGACGCCAACAACAUGGCCAGCCUUUUGAGGAAUUUUUUAAGGAAACUUCCAGAGGGACUGGUCACGUCGGAACUGUAUGCUAGAUUCAUUGAUGCCAAUCGUAUAGAAGGCGACGAUAGAAUGUGGUCACUAAAACGUCUGAUCCAACAACUCCCUUCUGCCUAUGGUGAGACAUUACGAUUCAUUAUUGCACAUCUGAAGAAAGUCUCUCAACAUUCCGACAAGAAUAAAAUGGAGGUUCGAAAUCUUGCUAUAGUAUUUGGACCAACGAUUGUUAGAACCGGAGAGGACAACAUGUCUACUAUGGUUAGCGAUAUGACUGACAGAUUUCGGAUUGUGGAGAGUUUUAUUAAUAACUUUGAUUGGUUCUUUGACAAUGAAGCUGUCUCUGAAGGUGAUUGUUCGUCCUCACCGAUAUCUCCACCUGCGGAAAUAACAUCUCCUUUGCUUAUGUCCAGUAAAACAAUGAACUCGAUUGAACAAGCGGCUGUUAAUUAUGAUUCAGAUCAACCAUGGAAAGCCAAGGGUGGAAGUAUGAAAUUACCAAUGUUUAAGAGUUUCCUAAAACCAGACAGUUCCAAGAGUUCAGAAAAUAACAAGAAACAUGAAUUUAAUCCGGAACGAGCAGCAAUUCCAGAACCAGUGGAUAACAAAACCUCUCCGGUAAACCUCUCUCCUCGCUAUGGAGGUAAUUCUGAGCCAAGUUCCCCGUCGACCAAUCGACGGAAAUUCAUUAAAAGACAUCAUUCCAGUACGAAUAUUUCGAUGGACGUUUACGAGGAUUUUGAUCGAUCAAAGUCGGAAGGUGAAGAUGAAGAACACGCGUUUUAUCCGCGGCCAAGUCAUUCUACAAAAGCGUAUUCUUACGCUCGUCCUCCGCCGCCAUCAUAUCGAGAAUCGCGAAGCAAAGUCCGUGCACCAGCCGGUAGCAACACGCAAUCAUCCAACAAAGAUUCCGUUGUCCCGGAAUCGGCUGGUUUCAGUCUUUUGAGUGACGAUACAAAAAGGAGAAUUUUAAGUUUCAAUUUACGAAACAAAGUGAAGGAAAAGAAAAAACAGCAGGACGAAACAGCUCCACAUCCAACUACACAAAAUGGUGUCGUGGAAAAAUCCCGGACGGACUCUGUGACGGUGACUAUUCCCAGGAAACUGUCAAACUCCUCUCAAACUGGCAGUAGUACGUCCGACGAACAAAUUGUUGAUCAACAGUUAUCGCCAAGUGAAUCGAAACAGCAAUUUGAACAACGUGAGAAAGAUAACGAGUCUUCUCCUGUUAAGACGUUUUCAAGCGAUGCCGUAAGGCGAAGAGAUGGAUCCAGUUCUGCCUCAUCAAGUCGAAAUUUUAAGAUAUAUUCCAAAGGUGAUGUAACUUUUAGUCAAUGCCAGCAACAUCAGAUUAAUGAGUGGAUGAGAGAUUUAGGUAUAUCACCCAAGGCUGGUAAUGAACGUGGACGUGCCCUGACUAAAACAGAAGAUUUGGGUAAAACAUUAAGACGAUCAUCUAGUGUCGCUAGAACAUCAUUUACACAAGAUGACGAGGAGAUCAUUAUGAAGCGAAGAAGUUUAUCCUGUCAGAAUAUAAAUAUCGGAGACGAAGAUGUGACUCGUGGUAGAUCUUCAAGCAAAAGUAGUGAGUCGUCUGAGUCAUCUGACGAAGAAGAUAAAUUAGAAAAUUCCUCGGAAACAUUUGAUGAAAAACUCCGUGGCUUAAUGCAAAAAUGUAAACUGGAUAGUAAAAGUAAGACUGAACUUCAACAGGGUAGAAAAGGAUCUCUUGCCAGUCGUCCAUCAAGUUACCGCAUGAGCAGGACACCUGUGCAGAAAAUGAGAGAUAUGGAUCCAACUUCGAAUAUUCAAUCCGGAGCUGUAAGUUCAAUGAAAUCUCUAUUUGAAACAGGCGUUGCUCAUCAACAAGUGGUAAAAUCAAGAUCCUCGUCAGUAAGCUCUGCUUCCUCUGGUUCACUACUAUCUAAUGAUACCAAUCGAAAGUCGACAUCUUCUACAUUAAGUGAUGCGGAUGUCAAAAGACGUGUUUGGGAGUCUGGUGAUGGCAAAUCAGGAGAGGUGAAGAAACAAUGGAAAGAACCAGAGUGGGUUGCUAGAGAAAGAGCGAUGAAAAACCUGAAUAGUGGAAGUGAAUCUUCUUUUAAGGAACAACCAGACAAUAAUAAUAAUUUACCAAAGCCGAGAGAUUCAAAAAUGCAAUAUUCUCGUAGCACAUCACUUCCAAUGAGGGAUAGUGGUUAUGUCGUUAAAGAUGUUGUAGUUGAGAGGAAACGACCAGAUCUACCAAAACCACAACUGUUGAGAAAAUAUUCUGCUGAUUACUUUAAAUCAGCGAAUGGAAGUCCAAUCAUUCAACGUGCGUCAGUGAAAAAUGGACCUACAAUUAGUAAAAUUACUCCUGCUUCCUCUGUGCAAUAUAAACCUGAACUUAAGACUCAAUUAGAAAGUGACACAGCACAAGUAUCACAUGUACAAUAUAAUCCACAAAGACCUCAAACAGAAAAUCAUCCAGUGUCUGUAUCGUCAGUGAAAUAUAGACCGGAGCCAAACACACAGGCAGACUAUCGAUCAGGAGACGCUGACAAGAGGAGUUCUCCUCAUAAGAUACUAGGAAGAGCACAGAGUUCUCCCUUACGAUCAAGGAUUUCAUCCCAGGAAAGUACCCCACCUGCAAGCCCGACAGUCGUCAAUUACACUCCAGAUAGUCCAGGCUCCUCAGUUUCUUCUGCGGUCAGCCCACCUACAAAAGAUAAGUCGAAUCGUUCUCGGCGAAGACUCGUAAGUGAUACAACCCAUCGUGGCCAACCAGAAACUCGACAAUCAGGACGUACUUUCACUGCUCCGAUACUUGGCACGAUUGUCACUACAACAACUGCAUUUGAACUUUCCGCGUUUCCUAAUCCUAAUCUCAAUCCAAAUCCUAAAACCAGGUGUGUUCGACGUUCAGAGAGACAGGACAGUGGAGGGUUACAAGGUAGAACGCGGUCUUCUAACGAUAUGUCAACUAUACCACGAGCAACACUCACGAUACCAAGUACGUCGUCGUCUCCGUCUCCGUCUCAUUACGGAAGCCCGAGUGUUCGUCGAAAGGCGGCACCUGGAUUAACAGUGCCAGAUAUCGACGAAUCAAAGCGAUUAUCAACUGAUAGAACAUUACUGGAACAAAACGCGCUGCAUAUAAAAGAACUACUUGACGAGAUGAACACCGAACACUCGUUGAAAAUGGAAAGACAAAAGUCUGAUACCAUUUCAAUCGACGCACAAAAAGCGGCGAGAAAUAAAGCGAGAAUGCGAAGACGUUCCCUCGGACCGGACAGAGAAAAUGGGGUGGUUGUUUCAUCACGCGUUACUUCAUCUGGAGCAAUCAAUGAUCGAAACAGACCAGAAACUCAAGCCACAAGAAACGUUAGUACCGUUGAAUGGGUUGGUGUAAGUAGUUAAGAGUUUUACAUCAAAUAAUUUCUGUAUAUUUAUAUAUUUUAAUAUACAUUGUAUAGUCGUUUUAUAUAGUUAACUUAAAGAUGAAAAGAGUACUAGAUUAUAAAAUUUUAAGAAUUCUUAUAAAAUGUUGUUGUAUAUUACUAUAUUAUAUACGUUGUAUGUUGUGU